AUGUCAUAUCCUUCUUCGAUAUUUCUCUUCACUUUCGUAUCAGAAUAUUUUCAUAAAUCAUUUUUCCUUCUCUUUUUCCCCACUUUUUUUUUGUGUUACAACGUCGGUGUUUCGACUUUUCUCUACCGAAUUCAAUUACCUUUCUACAUUAUUUAUUUAUUUAUCUAUCUAUCUUAUUUUGUUAUCUAUCUAUCUAUCUAUCUAUCUAUCUAUCUAUCUAUCUACACAGAAUUUUUUUUCAUUUUUUUAUCUAUCUAUCUAUCUAUCUAUCUAUCUAUCUAUCUAUCUAUCUAUCUAUCUAUUCUAUCUAUCUAUCUAUCUAUCUAUCUAUCUAUCUAUCUAUCUAUCUAUCUAUCUAUCUAUCUAUCUAUAAAUGGUGCGUCAUUCAUCGGGUCGGCUGAGCCGGCUCCGUCAAACGAACCCGCUGCACCCGAACGAAAGCUGGCCGUGCGUAGCAGGGGUCGUAUUCGUUCGGGCCUGAAAAUCCAUAGCAGGAGUUUCAGUGUGAAUUUGGACGGACAAGCGAUCCCCAACCACGUGCAUACACACGUGUAG